AUGGCAUUCCUGUGUGGCAUCGACGCUCGGGAUAACCGUCGAGGUCGCAUCCGAAAGCCACGCCCUGUCGUCGACGUUGCCGUCCCAAACAACGCUAAUGAUUGGGCCCAGCACACAAAUAAGGUGAUUCAAGAGCACGCGCCCUCCAAGGGCCCCCCUUCCGGUGUGAAGCACGCGGCUGUACCUCGUCGACCUGUGCCCCAGCGAUCCAUCCCUCGCCGACCCGUCGGUGCACCAGUCAAAGCUUGCCGGCAGACCACCAAGGCUGUCGUUGCACCUCUAAGAAGCCGCCAGGUUUUGGAGGACCACUCACCGAUGGAGCCCCAGGUGGUGGUGGAGCUGGUCGGUACAAUUGCCAGAGUGUUUUCUCAUAUCCCCUACGCAGUCGUCGGGCUUGCUGCCAUGGUGUGUCACGGCCUGCCUGGUGCGAAGCCCAGCCGGAUCGUCCUCGCCUGCCCUGGGCAUGCCAAAGACGUGGUCCGAGGCUGGGCCGUCGCCCAGGGCCUGCGAUCCGGCCACGCCCCCAACCUGUUCAGCGUCAUGUCUUCCGACGGCAGGAUGCGCGUGGUGGAGAUUGGCUACAUUGCAUGUGGGUUUGAAGCACUGGCAAUCACUCACAUGGGCGCUGACCAGGCCAAGAUCUUGUCGCUGGCGACGAUUGCGAAUCUCAUCGCCACAGCGUACGUGCGCGAGCUCACCAUUGCCACGACCAACCACCACCGUCAGGAUACCCAUGCCAACGAUUUGCGCUGGGUGCUGUCCGCCAUGAUUCAGCGUGGCGAGCGACUGAGCUAUCCGCUUGUGGGCUCAGUCAUGACCCUUGAAUUCUGGGUACCCUUUACGACGGCCUACCCUGACACCGUAGGCCUUUUUGCCGAUGCUGGCCUGGCUGCGGAGGUUGAUCCCGAGGAGCGGUUUGCUCUGGAGGAGGACUUCGCCCUCCACUACGACGACUCCGAGACCUCGUCGCGCUGGUCGUGCGAGGGUACUCUGGGGCUUUACUGA